UUCGGCUCCAUCCACGAUCCAUCAUGGCGGUGGGAAAAAAUAAGAGACUGACUAAAGGAAAAAAGGGACUUAAAAAGAAGAUCGUUGACCCCUUCACCAAAAAAGAUUGGUACGAUGUCAAAGCUCCGUCAAUGUUCACUAUCCGACAGAUCGGCAAAACCAUGGUGACCAGGACUACUGGAACUAAAAUUGCUUCUGAUGGUCUCAAGGGACGUGUGUUUGAAGCAUCAUUGGCUGACCUCCAAAAUGACGAGGUUGCUUUCAGGAAGUUUAAGCUUAUUGUUGAGGAUGUCCAGGGUAAGAACUGCCUCACAAACUUUCAUGGCAUGGACAUGACCACAGACAAGCUCAGGUCAUUGGUUAAGAAAUGGCAGACCCUGAUUGAGGCGGCUGUUGAUGUGAAAACCACUGAUGGUUACCUAUUGAGGUUGUUCUGCAUUGGUUUUACAAAAAAGCGAGCCAACCAAAUCAAGAAGACAGCUUAUGCCAAGCAUUCACAAGUGAAAGCCAUUCGCAAGAAGAUGGUGGACAUCAUUACACGUGAUGUGAGCACUGGUGACCUCAAGGAUGCAGUUAACAAAUUAAUUCCAGAUGCAUUUGGCAGAGACAUAGAGAAGGCAUGUCAGUCCAUCUACCCUCUUCAUGAUGUGUUCAUCAGAAAGGUCAAGGUUCUCAAGAAACCUAAAUUUGAUAUUGGAAAGCUAAUGGAGAUGCAUGGCGAGGGAGCAAGCCACACCACCACAGAUGAGAGUGGCACCAAGAUUGAGCGUGACAGCUUCGAGCCACCUGUGCAGGACUCUGUGUAAAAAUAUGCAGUGAAAAUUGAACAUAGCAAAUUAAACUUCUGAAAGAAAA